UGAGUUCACAUGACACUUUACAGUGACAGCAUGGCCCUCUCACCACUACUCUUCACCGUGAUCUCCUUCUUGCUCCUUUUCCAACUCCAGGCAACACCACCACCAUUUGCUUGUGACUUUUCAGACCCUUCCACAAGAUCCUACCCAUUCUGCAAUCCAAAGCUUCCAAUCGCUCAGCGAGUCAGAGACCUCGUCUCAAGACUCACAUUGGACGAGAAACUCUCCCAACUCGUCAACAAGGCCCCUCCCAUUCCUCGCCUCGGUAUCCCCCGCUACCAGUGGUGGAGCGAGGCACUCCACGGCGUUGCCGGCAUUGGCGGCGGCAUCUUCUUCAACGGCACUAUCACUUCCGCCACCAGCUUCCCCCAAGUCAUUCUCACCGCUGCCACUUUUGACUCCCACCUCUGGUACCGAAUCGGUCACGCGAUCGGGAUAGAAGCAAGAGCAAUAUACAAUGCAGGGCAAGCAAUAGGGAUGACAUUUUGGGCACCAAACAUAAACAUUUUUAGGGACCCGAGAUGGGGCAGAGGACAAGAGACAGCUGGUGAAGACCCACUCAUGACUUCUAACUAUGCUGUCUCCUACGUUAGAGGCCUUCAAGGUGACUCCUUUCAGGGUGGAACACUCAGAGGCCACUUACAAGCUUCUGCUUGUUGCAAGCAUUUCACUGCUUAUGAUUUGGACAAUUGGAAGGGCGUUAAUCGCUUUGUCUUUGAUGCUCGUGUAAGUUUGCAAGAUCUAGCGGACACAUACCAGCCUCCAUUUAAGAGUUGCAUAGAAGAAGGACAUGCAAGUGGGAUAAUGUGUGCGUACAACCGUGUCAAUGGGGUUCCAAAUUGUGCUGAUUACAAUCUCUUAACCAACAUUGCAAGAAAACAAUGGGAUUUCGAUGGGUAUAUUACAUCUGAUUGUGGAGCAGUGAGCCUCUUACAUGAUGAACAAGGAUAUGCAAAAUCACCAGAGGAUGCUGUUUCCGAUGUCCUUCGGGCAGGGAUGGAUGUGGAAUGUGGAAGCUAUUUGACAGAGCAUGCUAAAUCAGCAGUAUUGAAGAAAAAGUUAGCUACAUCUGAAAUAGACCGCGCCCUUCACAAUCUGUUCUCAAUCAGAAUGAGGUUAGGACUAUUUGAUGGAGAUCCAACCAAGCUCCCAUUUGGCUUCAUUGGACCCAACAACGUGUGUUCCAAGGAACACCGCUACUUAGCCCUGGAGGCAGCAAGAAACGGCAUUGUCCUCUUGAAGAACCAGCACUCCCUCCUCCCACUUCCUAAGACAAACCCUCCUAUCUCCCUCGCCGUCAUCGGCCCCAACGCCAAUGCUUCCCCUCUAACCCUUCUUGGAAACUAUGCUGGCCCUCCCUGCAACCAACUCACUUUGUUGCAGGGUUUCCAGCAUUAUGUUAAGGACACUCUCUACCACCCCGGAUGCGACGGCGGCGCCAAGUGCCCUUUUGCCCACAUAGACCAGGCUGUUCAACUUGCCAGCAAAGUGGAUUAUGUUGUCAUGGUUAUGGGGUUGGAUCAGAGCCAGGAGAAGGAGGAGCGCGAUCGCGUUCACCUUGACUUGCCCGGCAAGCAACUUGAACUCAUCAAUGCCGUCGCUAAAGCUUCUAAGAGGCCCGUUAUUUUGGUGCUUCUCUGCGGAGGCCCGGUGGAUAUCUCUUCCGCCAAGUAUAAUAACAAAGUUGGAGGAAUUCUAUGGGCUGGUUAUCCCGGGGAACUUGGCGCCAUUGCACUUGCUCAGAUCAUCUUUGGUGACCAUAACCCAGGAGGAAAAUUACCAAUAACUUGGUACCCAAAAGAUUACAUAAAAGUACCAAUGACAGACAUGAGGAUGCGUGCUGAUCCUUCAUCAGGCUACCCUGGUAGAACAUAUAGAUUCUACACAGGUCCUAAGGUCUAUGAAUUCGGCUUUGGCCUAAGCUACACCAAAUACUCCUAUGAAUUUGUUUCCGUCACGCGCGACAAGCUCCACUUCAGCCCUUCAUCCACUCAUUUCAUGCUGCAAAACUCGUCAGAAACCUUGAGGUACAAGUUAGUCUCAGAGUUGAGCGAAGAAGCUUGCAAAAGCAUGGCGGUUUCGGUGACUGUGGGAGUUCAGAACCAUGGAAGCAUGGUUGGGAAACAUCCUGUGCUGCUGUUCUUGAAACAUGGGAGACAGGGGAAUGGGAAUCCUAUGAAACAGUUGGUUGGUUUUGAGAGUGUGUUGUUGGAUGCAGGGGAAAAGGUUCAUGUUGGAUUUGAACUAAGUCCUUGUGAGCAUAUGAGUAGAGCAAAUGAGGAAGGUUCAUUGGUAAUUGAAGAAGGAUCUCAUUUGUUGCUUGUAGGUGAUGUUGAGUACCCAAUUCAUGUCAUUGUUUGAACUCUAAAUGCCAAAGAUUCAUAAUUCUUCAAUAAGGUCAAACCUAAGUUGGUGCCAAAGUGAAGUGGUUAUUUAUAGACUACUAAACUAAAUGCAUCACAAUUCAUAAUUUGAUCUGCUUCUUAAUUAUAUCAUUAUGGUCAAAGAAGAAGUCUCUUUUUUGUGAAGCAAGUUG